AGCGAAUACCCCCGAGCUCGGCUCGGCCGUGGUAUACGAUGUGUACGUGAAGGCUGGGGAAGGGUGGUCGGAGUUACUGCUGCACGAGUCGUUAAGACAUAUAUACCUGCCCGAGGUAGGUAUGUUUAACACCAGACUCCUCUCUUCGAAGGCGAAACAGCAGCGAUCAGCCUCCCCAUUCGACCUGGGAAAGGCUUUCUCUCUUACAACCACCGUCACUCUGACCCUGACUUUCUUGGCUGGUUCACCCUCUCUGGCACCCUCCCCGGCAAUAUUGCCCCCUUCUGAGAUUCGAAGAGGAAAGAGGACGAGAGAAAGGGGGGCAGAGUAGCAAGACAUGCCGCCGAACGAGCCUCCACCGGACGCUUCGGUCCUCGCUAAAGCUGGCCAAGAUGAUCUUCCCAAGCACCAACCUACCACGAUAGCCCACCAAGGCGUCGAAACCCGGAAUGGAUCCGGUAGCACGAUCGCGAACGCCCCGACGAGCGACGAGGAAGCGCGCGGGGAGGCCCCUUUCCAGAAGCCUCGUCGGACCGCUGGGUACUGGGACCCUAGGAUGGCCAAUAUCCGCAAACAGGUAGCGUGGGAGUGGUUUCGAAUCCUCGUAUACCUUCUUUUCUUCAUCAUUGGUGUACUGUCGCUGUUCUGGGCCGUGCUGUCGCACGUGGAGAGCAAUCUCAGCAAGCUUGCGGUAUACAUCGUCGACUUCGACGCGCAGGUGACCCCGUUCGAGGGCGUAACGCCACUUGUCGGGCCGGCGAUGCGAGCGGCAGCACAGCGCCUCGUCGACAACGCCGCGGCCGGCGGGCCCCCAGCACUUGGGUUUGUCUCGGUGCCGCCGUCGCGCUACGAUUUCGAUCCGAUCGCGGUACGACGGGGCGUGUACGACUGGGACGCUUGGGCCGCGGUCAUCAUUCACGCGAACGCGACGGCGCUACUGCAAGAGGCUGUCGCGACGGGCAAUGCCUCGUACGAUCCGACCGGUGCCGUCCAGUUCAUCGUGCAAUCGGCACGCCACGAGACUACUUUCUCGAAUUACUUCACGCCGCAGCUGCAGGCGCUCGCCCGCGAGUUUGCCGCCGACUUCGGUCCUACCUGGGCUCGUAUCGUCAUGGCCAACGAGUCCGUCUCGCGGGACACGCUUGCGCUUGCGCCCGCCGCCCUGACCCCGGCCGUCGCGCCCUUGACUAUUGAUCUCCGCCCCUUCCUGCCCGCCGCGGCCAGCCCGUCUGUUAGCAUCGGCCUCAUCUACCUAAUCAUCGUAGCCUUCUUCUCAUUCGCCUUCUUCCUGCCUAUACACAUGAAACUCAUCAUCCCCCAGGGGCACCCGCCGCUGCGAUUCUGGCAGCUGAUCGUGUGGCGGCUGUUUGCGACGAUAAUGACGUACUUCAGUGUUUCGCUCGUCUACUCGUUCGUGUCGCUCGCGUUCCAGAUCCCGUUCUCGACAGGGCCGGCGUCACCAACGGAACCGGCAUUCAAUGCGACGGCAUACGGCCGCGGCUCCUUCGUCGUGUAUUGGAUGGUUAACUUUAUCGGCAUGAACGCCCUCGGUAUUGCUUGCGAGAACGUCGGUAUGAUGAUCGGCCAACCGUGGACCGCUGCCUGGCUUAUCUUCUGGGUCAUCACGAACGUUUCGGCGGCGUUCUACUCGCUAGACCUGGCGCCGGGCUUCUUCAGAUGGGGAUACGCGUGGCCGCUGCACCACAUCGUGCAGGCGAGUCGACAGAUCCUGUUCGACCUGCACUCGCAGAUCGGGCUCAACUUCGGCGUACUGUUCGCCUGGACCGCUGUCAACAUUGCCCUCUUCCCCUUCUGUUGCUAUUUCUUGCGCUGGAAGCAGCAGCGCCUACAGCGCCAGGCUGCCAACGCGAAGCAAGGGGGGCAAGGCCAGGGGGAAAAGAGUGGUGAGCAGCCAUCCGCGAUUAAGAGGUGGCUCCGGUUUGGGAGGGGCGGUUAAAUAGGGGAUUUUUCUGGUAGAAGUGUCGGACUCGGCCAGAUCGUGGACGAGUUCGCGGUAUGGUUAGACUUCGGAUACCGAGCGGGCGUUGGGACAAAAAUAAUGAAAAUACCCCUAGUCAAGUCUGUACUUUAGGCACAGCAUCAGCAUAUUACUUAUUAUUUCGACGUAGUAUUUACGUAUCUAGAAUGCAUGCAAUCGCUUCUACCUGCUAUUUGCUGAUGAGAUGUGCUCGUUUCAGUUACUCCAGGCAGCACGCCCGCGGCGUAU